AUGGGGCUGGAGCCCCGGGACUUGCACAAUAAGUCGGAGUUCACAGAGAUAUGGGAUGCUCUCGACCUCACUUCCAGCGUAGCCCUUAAUGCGCGGCAGCCGGCGCCUUCGGCCUCGCGACCUUCUGCUGCUGCUUCGGCUGCAGCAGCAGCACCAGGGCAGGGCCGCGACACUGCAGCAGACGCAGAAGGAGCAGCAGCCUCUGACCUCCCAGCUGUCUCAGCGCCAACAGGGGACGCAGGCCCGCCAGCUAGUGAAGCCGGCUUGUCAGGAGCAGAAGCUGUGGCAGCAAACACAGGAAGCUCAAACGCCCUGGAGCAAGCAGGGGCCUCACGGGCAGCUGAAGACUUACAGGCGGACGCAGCAGCAAGUGCUGCUCCUGCUGCAACGGCAGAAAUAGCGACUUUGCAGCAGAUCUUGAGGACUCGAGAAGGCAAUCUGGCGCUUGUGUCCGACGUAGAUGAGCAGCUGUUGAUAAAUGUCUGCUUCAAACAGCCUAUCAGGCUCGCCUCAUUCUCUAUCAUUGCCUCCACUCCACCUGCCGGCUUCCCCACCAACAGCGACGAGGAAGAUUCAGUGGCGGCACCAAUGCUGGUUAAGGUGUACUGUAACAAAAGCGCCAUCAACUUCUGCGGUGUAUUUGACGAGGCGUGCGCUUUCUCAGUGCAGCUUACGGCUGAGGAUGUCAUCAGCGGCCGCAGAAUAGCUUUGCCUGGUAGCAAAUUUCAUAUGUGCUCAUCGGCUCAGCUAUUUGUUCAAGAAAACCAAACAGGGGCCACUUACACCUACCUGAAUCGGCUGAACUUCUACGGAGUGGCGCACAAACGCUAUUCAUAG